AUGCGCCCUCAACACAGUGCCCACAGAGGCCUCGGUGCCAUAUCGCUGGCCUCCUCCCUCACCGCCGGUGUUGUGGACACACGGCAGGACGGCGAGUCGGCGUCUACGAGUGCUGCCAAUCGGCGGAGGCCUCAGCUCGUUACCUCCGUUGAGGUGUCCAGCAACGGCGACUCUGCCUUCCCUCUUAGUUCUCCCUUAACUUCUCCAAACACGGCACUGCCAACGACUGACUUGGCGCAUGCUAGAAGCGGCGACGAUCCCUCGGUGAUGCCACGCUUGCACCUCUCCCAGACGCCAGGUAGCGCUCAGCGACGUCGACACAGGGGCUCGGAUGCUUUGGCCGCAUCGCGGACGUCUGAGAACGCUACGGGUGGGUUAACUAGUCACCUGCACAGACGCGAUAGAGGGUGCCCGAAUCAGCACCUGCCGCACAGCGUCCCUCGCUUAUCGCGUCCCACGAGCCGGCCAGGCAGCUGUACCUGCGGCAGCUCCCUCACGAGCCUCGACAUCAGGGAGCGGGGCACGAGGGCCACCGUAUCCCCGUCGGCGCGCUGUCGUGGAGGGAACGCAGCGGCGGGCGAGAUGGACGCAACGGAGGCAGGCUAUGUAGUGGCGAAGGCAGACUCGUUGGUGACCGAGGCGGCCGCGUUGAUGGCGAGCGCCGCGCCUCCACGCCGGAAGCUUCGUGACGAAAAUGAGCGCGCCGCGCAGGUUCUUGCACAGGAGCACUCGAAGAUUCUCUUGCUUGUGGGGCGCCGCGCCAACGCGGUAGCAGAUAUUGAAGACUUGGUGGAGUUGGCCGACGCCGUGAGGGAGAAGACGCGGGAGGAGCGGCUGAGGCAGCUGCCGAUGCCAACGCCCCAGGCUACAAGCGAUGUGGCGACAGCGCCUUCAGCGGGUGGAGCAAGCCCACACCCCCAAGACAGAGGCGGCGGACAUGCCACAGAUAGAGUGACCUCGGCGUCUUUGCUCGACCUGACCGCGGUGCGGUUUCAGCUGCACAAGCUGAGCAACGGCCUCUUGUGCAACGGCAGCACCAACCUUGACGCCACGCAGCUGCACCGGCUCGUGUAUCAGUUGGACGACCAUGUGGACUCGGUGGAGGAGGCUCUCGAAGUGGAGGUGGGCGGUGUGGCAUCGACAGACUCAGAGGCACAGCCGCUCCGUGGGACAGCAGGAGCCGCUGCCGCCGCAGAGCCACUGCCACGCCGAUCGCUGCGGCAGCGGCUGCAGCGCGCGAAGAAGGAGCAGGAGGAACUGCUCGAAGCCUCGUCCAACUUGCUACACAUGGUGUGGCUCAUGGAGAGCAUCGACACAGAGCUUCUGACUGACAUGCAGCAUCCCCAGCCAACGGAGACGCGCGAGAACCGGGCAACCGGCGCGGGGACGGUGGCCGGGGAACAGGCGCACGAUGGGAUUCCGUUGACGGCGAAUGAGGAUACGGCCGCGGCAUUGAUGCGUUACACACGUUGCCAGCCUAUCCCCGGCAGCGCUUUGAACCGUUCGCCGUCCACCUCCGCGACCAUCACGGCGACACGAGAGUGUGGCAAGGCGGGGCCGGACCCUCACGAACGCCACCGCGCUUCCCUCGAGACCACACACAGCGAACCCAGCAUGGUGCCUUUCUCCCUCACCGAUCUCACCGGUGGCAACAAAAUGGGCUGUAUAAGCGCGGUAGCCCCGACGCCGACUGCCAGCGGGCAGCAGCAGCGGCAGAGGGGCCCAAAGGACACCGGUGCUCUUCCAUCCACGUCUACCGCUCACUCGCAUCAGCUGAACUUGCUUCGCUUCAUGUUGGAGGUGCUCGCUCAGUACGAGUUGAAGCAAGUUGAUGCAGCGAAGCUGCGUAGGAACCGACCGCUAUCGGCGCCGUCGAUGCGGCUCCAUCACCAAAUGACGUCGCCAUCCGCAGAGCAAGACUCCCAGCAGGAGGUCGACGUGGCCGAGGUGGUGGAGGCAGGCCUCAAUGAUGGAUUUUUGCAGCCGAUGGAGGUGGCCGGGAGGGAUCACCGGGCUCGGCGCAGUGCGGAGGGCAGCCUGUCACGGGCACGGCGGCCUCCCUCGAGCACGCCAGGCGCCAUCGCCGCCGCCGGUGGCACGCAGUCUUCAGAGGCAGACAACCUGUCUGAGAAACACUGGCGCUCCUGUGAAGCAAUACAUCACGGGCUGAACCAGCGUGGCAGUAGUACGCGUCAUGGUCAGAAGGUGCUGCUCCGUGCAAAGCUGCGGAACCUGCGCUCUGGGCUGUUGCACGACCUGCAUGAGCUGCGCACAGUUCACAACUAUGUGCGGCUUAUCGAAACCCGCCGACGCGAGCUGUCCGAAGGUGCCGGCAAAUGUGACGCCGAGUACGCGGCAGAGAUGGAGCAGAGGCUGGCUGGGCAUCGUCUCCAGCUCGAGGCGGCAAGGCGCGCGCGCGAGGAAGCCGCGAGGCGUGAAAUGGAGGCGGCCGCGCUGGCGCAGGUGUGGGGACAAGAUAGCAACAGGCCGCGUACAGGUAGCGACAAGAGGUCUGUCACUUCCGGUGGUUCGCAGCGGACGGUUUCCACCGAGGAGGGCCGCGGCAAGCCGCCCAGAAAUGCCGCAGCCCCGCGGUCGAUGUCGCCAAGUAGCGGUGCGCUUCAGGCUGACAGGAGGCCUUCAGCGACAACGCUUCCGGAUGGCGCGGCUGCGCAAAGUGGUCCAAGUGCGGAGGAGGCGGUGGCGGCCGUGCCAGUGGAGACGGAGCUGCUGCAUGAGUACCUCGUGGACAAGGGUCUUGUCUUCACCGUUGUCGGAGUGAAGAAGAGCCCUCACAACUUCGCGAGGGACGGGGCUGCUGCGGCGGAGGCGCACGCCGGCGCUGCAGCGACGCACCCCAAGAAGAAGAGUGGCCAUCGCGCAACUCUCGGUGGGGCUAAAGGAUCUGAUCGCUAUCUCUACUACGAGCUUCGCGUGGAGAAGCCGCUAGCAGCUCCUCCGUUAGCAAGCCCAGGCUUCGAAGGUGCCGCCAGCGACGUCACUCCUGCACCUGCCCCGGGCAGUUCCAUGGCCGCGGUGGUGCAGGUGACCACGCCUCGAUUGAUGAACCUGAAGAUGACCGUGGAGACUGGGGCAGCAGUGGAGGAGGUGGCGAAAGGGCCACUCGUGACAAUGAGGGUGACUUCUGGCGCCCCAGCUCGGCGGCUGCUCACGCUUACGCCUGCGAAGCCCUCCAAGGCCAUCUCCUACGCACAGGCCUUCGUGUUUGGCGCUAUUGACGCUGCCCGCAGCAGAGAGCAACGGCGUCCAUCCUCGCAGGACAUGUGGGAGGCGAACUCGAUGGCUUCUGCGACCUUUGCGCUUCCCACCGGCGACCAAAGUCGCCGUAGCAGAUCGCGUAGCUCAUCUCUGGACAGCCGCAAAGUUCGACCUGUCAAGCGGACACCACUCACGACCGGUUCCGCAGCGUCUGACGGCGGCGGAGCCUCGAGGCUGUCGAAGGAUAGCGUUGCUGGCAAGAAGGGCAGCAAGGAGCCCAAGGGGGUGAAGGGGCCCGGCGACGCGUCGAAGAGCCCUGGAGGACAGCGCCUUGAGCGGGCCCACACGCCAAGCGCAUCAGGACCGGUCGCAGCGGCGGACAUCGAGACAGCGAAGAGGACGCCAGGGCAGCUGCCUCAGAGUCUGCCUCUCUCCUUCGUGCCACGCCCUGUCGACGAAUGGGGAGUGCCGCAUGCACACACCGAGAUGGAGGCGGUGGAGAAGAACGCAGUGAUACUGACAGUGUUGCAGACCGGCAAUGAGGGAGACGCUGUCGGUGCGGCGCAGCUGCUGACGUUGGGGACGGAGGAAGGGGUGGCGGCUGCAAGAGCGUCGUCUGCAAAGUCGAAGAGCGAGUGUGGCGGGGGCGGCGCGUCUGUGAAAGACAGCGAUAUUCUCAGCGUGAUGGAGGGGUGGCGAUUGUGUGGCGCCGCCGCGUUCGCCGGCGAAGGCGCGGAGGGGCAGAGAAUGACGGAAAGUCCGCCCGCGGCCGAUGCCGGCGCUUCUUCUGCGGUGGACGCGAUCGCGACGGCGAUCCUGCGCCACGCGAUGAUGGACUGCGCUGACGGCGAAGACGAUGCUGCCGAGGGCAGCGUGGACGCGAGAGGAGGCUCUGCGAGGUCUGGCGGCUUCAGGGCUGGCGUGGGCGGGGAAGGAUUGACCGAUCCCGCGCGGCUGGCGACCGAGAAGGAAAUGGCCGCAUCGCAUGCACUUCACUCGCCAGCAUCAGAAGAGGAAGGGCAUCGCGGUAGCGCUUCUCGCGCCGGCAGCCAUGCUUCACGGCUCUUCCCCGCCACUGACGUCGACGCCCCCCAACUGUCGUCAUCACCCCAAAAGAGGCAGGAGCAGCAUGGUGGAGGCGAGCAACCCGCCUCCGACCGAAUCCCAGGUGGGCGGUUCAUGCCAGAGGCCUCGGCAUCCAGAGCGCAGCUUGCCUCCGACUCUGCAAGACCGCCAUCGGCGAAACCGAGGACGAUGCCGCCGUCAUCGCUCACCAGGUCACAAUCACGUCCCCUUCACUCCUUAGCGGCGGGGAGCCACGACGGUGGACUCAUUCGCCUCGACUCCCCUGACGACGGUGCAGUCGGUGCGUCGGCCACGCCACCUCUGCCACUACUGUCCCCUGCGAAGCCACACCCGCCACACAAAGCACUUCGUAAGGCAAAGCCUUCCCACAGGUCUGCCACGGGGUCGCCAGCCGCUGCUGCUGGUGCUGCCCGCACAUCACCAGCGCCGCCGCAGGGCAGCGAUCCGGAUAGCGACAGGGCAGAGCAGGAGGCGUUCGUGUCGCCACCGGUCGUGGUGGUGGAGCGGACGCCGGGCAGCGCGAAGCCGUACAUGCUGCUCCCACGUGAAGCCGCGGCAGGCUUGCUAGGCCCGUCGCUUCGCGACAUGUCGCAUGUGGGACCUGUCGGCGGCGGUACUGGAAGGCGCGCCGGUCUUGAUGCUGACGCACGAGGAGGCGCCGCUGCCUUCCACAACACGAUGGCCGCUGCUCCUGUUGCUCCGUUGUCACCCCUGGCAGCGGCGUACUCCGUGUUGCCCACAACUGGGGCUGCGGCAGCGGCAGCCGCUGAUACGGAGACUUUAUCGCACGUGCAAAAGUUCCUGCAAGCCAUUAGGGGCGAAUCCCCGCGUCACGGCCCGACUGAAGUCGGGGGUGUUGACCCGGCCGCAAAGAAGCGCUCGCCGCAAGCGACGAAGGGUACAGCCGUGCUUGCGCUGCGUACGGAGCUGGACCAGCUGCAGGAAGAUGCUCGUGAGCUCUUCAUGAUGGACCCUGUGCGUUACGACACCGUGAUCUCUGAGCUGAUGGAGCAGGCGGCUCGCGCGCUGCUGCCGGGGUCUGCCCACGGUACAGCAUCAUCACCGGCUGCGCAAGAAACGGGUGGGGCUGAGGCAGGUGCAGAGCAGGCCUUCUACAGUAGUCCUUUGCCAGCGGUGCGCGGUGGGGCGUCUCCAGCAGGAGGCGGUGCUGAUGGCUUGACUGAUACAGCCGCUGCCGCCACAGAAGCAUCGUUCACGCAUGAGAGGCCUUUCUGCACAUCGAACUCGCUCCCGUCAAUGUUUGUGCAGUUUGAAGCAUCAGAGGCGGAUGGGGCUGAGCGGGGCCGUGGUGCAGACCUGCGCCUGCGUGCACCGCAGAUGAACCUCAGCAGCGCCAUCACGACAAAACAAGGUAGCCAUGCUAACAGCCCAGGCGACGGCGCGUCGGUGGUGUCGCCACUGCCGUCGCAUGGCGCGUUUGCAUCGACACGGAGUCGUCUCUCUCAAGCAGCGGUGGCGUCACCAGGAGACGGUGAUGACGGUGUUGAAAAGCAGCGUCCCUCUUUGGGGUCGCUCCCGCCACAGCCAACGGCGCAGCGGCGCGCAAGGCACACACUUGUCAUGAGGGACGGCGCCAUGGAUGAGGCAGCGAAGCGUCACCGCGCAUCUUGUGCAGAUGCUGCCGCUGAGGUGGAGCGAAUUCUCUACGAGCAGAUGAAGGCCCAACUGCUGCUGCGAGCCAUCAUUGCUAAGAUGAAAGAGCUUUGGCAGACGAAGCAGCAGCACGCCGAGGCCAAACACCGUGAGCGCCUCGCCAAAUACAGACAGCGCUUGGUUAAGCGCGGCUUGGCUGCCGCUUGGCCGCUGGAGCACCAGCGCGUGCUCCAUCUCCAGAAGCUGAUCUACCUGCUUGAUCGCCAGGUCGGUCGCGUGCAUGGCUGGCUACCCCACUACUCUGACUCCAACGUGCUCAUGGACGCGCCCUCUCUUGCACCGCUAUCUCGCAGCAGAGGCGGUGCAAAACUUCCUGCUGCAUCGACCGGCACUCGUGCGCCCUUCGCAUCGUGGUAUCGGCAACGGGGCCAGAACACGCUCGACGCCGCGCAGGAUGUCGAUGGCGUCUCGGACGCGCACGUAUGUCCGCGGUACCUCCACUACCUUCCGCAGCGCCGCCUGUUCCGCUACAUGCGUCUGGCAAAGGAGCGGCGCGUGCUUCCGCUCCGGCUCGUGCGCGCGGACAUCCACCGGUGCCACAAUCGGCAUCUCCUUCUCGGCUACGACAGGAUCGCCCUGGAGGACGAGGGAGAGGACAGGGGCAGCCCCCACGAGGGCAAAAGGUCGGAUGGCUGGCCGCAGCGAAAGCUGCCGCGACGCGGUCGUGGACCGCCACACGCUGACGCUGUUCCCUUCCGGGAAAACCGGUACGAGGAUAUGAAAACACGCGGAGAGCGUGAGCGCUACCUCCGGCGUCUGCAGCGCACGGCGGCCUUCCAGAGCGUUUCUAAGAUGUACUCACCGCGAACUCAGCAGGAGGCCGAUUUUCCCUCCCCUUUUCACUGA